AUGGUGCGACCAGCUGGCUCAGAAGAGAACAAGAGGCUUGCGCUCAAGUUUGCUGAAGCGGUCACCGUCCCUCACGGCAAGGAAGUGAGCUAUGAGCAUACCCGGCAUCACUUCAUUGCUCGUACAGGGAAGUUGAGCAUCUUUGCAGCGCUGCAGCAGUGCUGCCCGUCGGCCGUGAGGAACGACGACCCCUUCAUCGGGAGGCUGGGGCUGACGGAGGUAGAGCUCAACAAGGUCUUGGAGAGGAACAACUUCAAGAAGGUGAGGGAUAGGAGGUCAAACAUCAUCACUUACCCCAAGGAUGAUCAAGAGCCAGCAGCGCCAGCAAAAACCAACGAGGUUCGGCACUACUUCGCCGAGAGGAGGUGGAGGAACCCGGACGACCCGGACGACGCUGCCCAGCUGGAGGCAAGCUGGCAGGCGAUCAAGUCGAGCUCCAUCCCCUUCGCUGGGCAGUGCGCGCUUGACAAGUUUAUGACGGUCAGCAAGACGUUCCAUGACCAGUGGGAGACGCUGGUCCACAGCUGCAGCAAGAAGAGCGACGCGCAGAAGAGGGAUCGGCUCUCUCCAAGCUCGCUGUCCACCUCUUCUCAGGAGCAGCUGGGGGAAGCUCUCGAGCGCGCGGAGCCCCCGCUGAAGAUGAUGAAGGUGGAGCAUGGGAGUGAGAUAGUGAGGGGGGUGGGGCUGUCAGCACGGGCGGAUUUCACGGCGGAGCCGGCGGGGGAGGAGAAGGAGGCUGAGGGGACGGAACACAGCGAAGACAAUCUGUUCAGCAGCAUAUGGGUAGAGAUCUGCGACGAGCCCUCUGCUAUAGAGCAAGAGGGGAGUUGA